AUGUGUCCGUCAGCCAUGGUUGCAUUCUUGUUGCGCAAGAAAUCAUGGUCCUGGGUUCACAUUGAAUACCUGAUGCCUAUCGAGUGGAAAGAAGAUCCAUUUAUCUCUCUCCAACUUCAACCAGAUCAGAAGAAAUUAAUCAAGAGUCUUGUCGAAGGGUUCAAUAAGGGACCCUGGAAAUUGGAAGAUGAUCCUUACAGAGAUGUCAUUGAAGGGAAAGGGAAAGGCUUAAUAUUCUUACUCCAAGGCCCUCCUGGAGUAGGCAAGACCCUAACGGCAGAAAGUGUGGCCGAGAGUACUCAGCGGCCUCUUUACCAUGUAUCGACAGGGGAGUUGAGCAGUGAACCGUCGUCGCUGGAGAAGCAGCUCAAAGAUAUAUUCCGCCUGGGGUCACGCUGGGGUGCCGUCGUGCUGUUUGACAAUCUUGGAGAGUUUCUCUUAGAGUCUACAAUAUUGUCUCCGCGAAAUGCUGCUUUGCCAGUACUUUGCCACUUGAUUGAGUACUACGAAGGUAUGCUCUUUAUCACAACGAAUGCGGAUGAGAUUUCGUACAAGAACCCCCUUUUCAGCCAUAUAAAUGUACAUUUACGGUACUACGACCCGGAUCUUUCUCAGCGGACCAACAUCUGGCGCCAACACCUUGAACGUGUGAGAGGCAGCACUCACUGCGACGAGAGCAAGAAUCAGUGGUCUGAGGAGACAUACGAGCUGCUGGGCCAGUUACACACCAACGGCCGCGAAAUACGUAAUUACGUACGGACUGCACACGGAUAUGCCCAUGCCCUCAGAGAGGAUCUGGACAUCAACCACUUAUUGACUGUCAUCCGAAACAACUUGAAUGCUAGGCAGUCGUCAGAGACAAGUGUGAUUCUUAGCCAGCUCGAAGCUCGGGCAUGCAUGGGAAUAACUAAUAGGACAGCUGAGCCCUAG